AUGGCUGUUGGAGGCACUGCUGCAGUUGCUCAGAAUGCAGGCUAUGCUCAUCUCGUCGAUCCGAACAGGAAGUGGUACAACAAUCGACGUCUCAUCGCCCUCCAUGCCUGGAUCUUUCUCUUCCUCCUUACGUCCUGCACAAAUGGUUUCGACGGCAGCUUGAUGAACAGCUUCCAGUCAUUGGGGCAGUGGGAGACGUACUUCAAUCACCCUUCGGGCGGCGGACUGGGUCUUCUGAACGCAAUUCAGAAUAUCGGCUCACUUGCAGGCUAUCCUUUCGCUCCGUACCUCUCGGACGGACUGGGCCGUCGGCCAACCAUCUGGAUCGGUGCAGUUAUCAUGCUGGUCGGGGUAGCAGUCCAAUCUUCAGCCUAUAACCUCGGCAUGUUCAUCGGGGCAAGAUUCUGCGUCGGAUUUGGUUUGACAUUUGCAGCAAAUGCCUCGCCGAUGCUAGUCACCGAGAUUUCGUAUCCACCAUAUCGGGCACCGCUUACUUCCGUCUAUAACUCCCUGUGGCACUCCGGAAACGUUAUUGCUUCCUGGACGACGUUCGGAACGUCAGGUAUCCGCACUACUUGGUCAUGGCGGAUCCCGUCCCUCAUGCAAGGCCUGCCGUCGGUCCUGCAAGUCAUAUUGAUCUUCUUCGCCCCGGAGAGCCCUCGUUGGCUUAUCUCGAAAGGCAAGGACUCUGAGGGACUUCGCACUCUCGCAUACUAUCACGCCGAUGGCGACGAACAAGAUCCGCUAGUGCAGUACGAGUAUCAGGAGAUCAAGGCUGCUAUUAAUAUUGACCGUCAAGCAUCCAAAAACAUAGGGUGGAAAUCCCUGGUUGCCACACGUGGUAAUAGAAAGCGGAUCAUCAUCAUCAUUGCGAUUGCUUGGUUCUCGCAGUGGUCUGGGAAUGGUCUCGUAUCAUACUACCUGAACAAGGUUUUCGACACUAUCGGCAUUACAAGCCAAGUGAUCCAGUUACUAAUAACUGGUAUUCUCGCAGUAUGGAAUCUCGUUCUGGCCGUCGGUAUAUCGUUCUUCGUGGACAGGCUGGGCCGCCGCUUUCUUUUUUUGGCCUCGGCGGGCGGAUGUUUGGUCUUCUUCAUCAUGCAGACCGUAUGCUCUGCGCAGUACGCCAUGCACAAGACGGCUGCGUUUGGGCACGCAUAUAUCGCAUUCAUCUUCCUGUAUUCGUUCGCCUACGACCUUGCCUUCUCGCCUCUCAUCGUCACGUACUCGGUUGAGAUCCUGCCAUACUCGCUGCGCGCGAAGGGCUUCAACGUCUUCAACAUCGUCAUCUCGCUCGCGCUCAUCUUCAACCAGUACGUCAACCCGAUCGCGCUCGAGAAACUUGCAUGGAAGUACUAUCUCGUGUACUGCUGCUGGAUCGCGUUCGAGGUCGUCUUCCUCUACUUCACCGUCGUGGAGACGAAGAACCGGACACUUGAGGAGACGGCGGCGCUGUUCGAUGGCGAGGACGUCGUCCUGGAGGUCACUGAGAUCGCGCAAAUUGAGCAGAUCGAGGUUCACGAGGACCAUGGAUACGACGAGAAGAGGCUGGAGAAGGCAUAA